AUGGCAACGCUAUCCGGCAAACUUGCUAAGAUCACAUUACCAAUUGACCACUUUGGCAAGCAUUUAGAUUCGCAAGGAAAUGUCACAAAUCCUGAGUUGGCUUCUCAAAAUUUUCGAUAUGCUGGAGAGGCUCUUUGCAAUAUUUGGAGUC